GCCCACUUCCUGUUUGGGUUCCCAUGUGGUUCCGGUUCCGGUGAUGGAGGUGGAGUGUAAACAAAUGGUGGAGUGAAGAUGAGUCAACUGGAAGAACUACAAGUGUUUGUCAGAGAGCGGCUGCAUGCUGCUACUUCUGAGAUACUAGGUGCUGUUGUUAAAGCAGUGACGGACUACGAGGAGCAGGCUGUCCGUCUGAAGGAAGAAAACCACCGCAACCGCUCUCUGCUGGACAUCAUCCUCAAAGCCCAGGCGACUCUAACAGAAGCAGGUCACACCAAAAAAUGUACCCCUGUGACUGCCGCCGGCCCAGAUGCAUCAGAUUCAAUUCCUGCCCGCAAGGCCAGAGAAACCCCCCGCUGUUCCAGUGACUUGCAGCGUGUCUUCAACUCGCGCACCGACUUUCUGAAGUUUGCAGGCAAUGGCAACUGUCCCUACUGCUUGAGGAGAAAUCAGGCCACUGAGAAACAUUUGAUGAAAAAACAUUAUCUACCUGCUGUCCAUUUUACUGAGCAUGGCACUCAAAAAUUUAUUGUACCGUGUUUGUGCAAAUACUUGAUCAAGGGCAGAAGUCACUGGCACUGCUCAUAUUGCUCAAGUAUCCUAACUCGGAAAGGUAACUUUGAGCUGCACUUAACGAAACAACAUGCCUGUACAAUACUGCUGCAAAGCCAAGAUGCAGAGAUCUAUCAGCCUGCUGUCUCUGCUAUUGAGGAGGAGGUUCCCCUGAGUCCUGAACCCGGGUAUCAGCAGGAGUUCAGCAGUCUGGACCGGGAGGCCCAACAGGCCGCACCUCUGCUUCAAGUUAAAGAAGAAGAACGGGAAACAUGCAGACGAGUGAGUCAUCCUGGGUGGCAGAACUCAGAGCAACUGCAGAUCGAAGGCGAGCAAAUCCAAAAAGGUAACAGUCAAACGAGUCUGGAGGCAGAUAACGCCGACAUCGUCGUUAUGGACAGUUAUAUUCGAGACCUCAGCGAACUCAACAGUGUGGAAAACGGCAAGACACAUCCUCAUUCGAAUUCUUCAAAUCAACAUCUGGAAACACAGCUUAAUAGUGGGGUUGGUGGAAUAAGGCAUCCGGCUGGGGAAUCUCAGCACACCACACCUUGUUCUAGUUUAAAGGCACUCGAUACCAAGAGGAAAGCAGGUGGGAAAAGAAAAAAAUCUUCACCCCCCUCGAGUUUAAAUACAAAGAAAUCAAAACAACUAUCUAUCAGUCAGAAUCCCGCCGGUCCUCAUCGUUGUAAAGCAUGUGGAAAGACUUUCCAUUACAUGUACACGCUAAGGACACACGCGCAAACACACGCAAUGGAUAAACUCCAUAUUUGUGGAAUCUGUGGAAAGCGUUCAGAGUCUAGACAGAGUUUAGUCCAGCACCUUCAGAGCCACACAAAGAGAAACAAAUGUGAUAUAUGUGGCAAACAAUUUUCUAAUAAUUCCCGUCUGGAACAGCAUAGGAGAUUUCACAGACCAAAGGGUCUGAAUGUUAUGUCAUCAGCUUAAAAAUCACAGAUGGGGCGAAAUCCUAUAGAUGUCAUAAAUGUAUCAAAAGGUGCUGUGAUUAUUGGAUUCUGACCUACUUACAGGGACAUCCCAUAGUGUACUUAUGGGAGGAAUAAUUUAGUCCUAGUGCUGGGAAGUGUGUUGAUUGUUGUCAUUGUAUUCAUACAUACUUUUUUAGAUUUGAAUUAAAAAAAACGUUGCAGUCUGA